AUGGUUGCACCAGCCGAGCUUGAUCUGGAGAAAAAUCCUCCCGUGAGUCAAACAAUUCUGGAUAGCAGCAGUGGUGGUGCUGCUGUUCCAGGAGAGAGCUUCACGUAUGGCAACUCUCUAUAUGCAAAACUCCAGCGAUUAGCUGGCAAGCUCAAUGUUGAGCAGCGUGGUAUCGAACGCGUCCCGCCGUCAGAGCAGACGGAUACCUCGUAUCUUAACAUUGGCAGUAUGUGGCUGGCAGCCAACAUGGUUGUCAGUUCGUUCGCCCUGGGUGCUCUUGGCUACCCUGUAUUCGGCCUCGGUUUCGUCGACGCCAUUCUCGUCGUGAUUUUCUUCAAUCUCCUCGGUGUCCUGACUGUGUGUUUCUUCUCCUGCUUUGGUCCAUUCGGUCUGCGCCAGAUGGUAUUCUCUAGGCUUUGGUUUGGUUGGUGGUUUACCAAAUUCAUCGCUUGCCUCAAUAUCCUUGCCUGUAUGGGUUGGUCCGCUGCCAAUCUGAUCGUAGGCGGCCAGAUGAUCAAUGCUGUCAACGGAAAUGUGCCCGGAUUUGCAGCUAUCCUGAUUAUCGCCGUUUGCACUCUCUUGAUUACAUUUUCUGGAUACAAGGUUGUCCAUCUUUAUGAAUUCUGGAGUUGGAUUCCGACAUUCAUCGUCUUCAUGAUCGUACUGGGCAUGUUCGCACACUCGGGGGACUUCCGGAACAUAGACAUGGGCGUGGGAAGAGCUGAAAUGGGCAGUGUUCUGUCGUUUGGUGCAGCCAUUUAUGGCUUCGCCACGGGUUGGACCAGUUAUGCCGCUGAUUACACCGUAUACCAACCCGCCACUCAAAGCCGCCGGAAGAUCUUCUUCUCCACUUGGCUUGGCCUCAUUAUCCCCCUCCUGUUCGUUGAGAUGCUGGGUGUGGCUCUCAUGACCGCUACUUCCAUUGAUGGCGGCAACAACAAGUACCAGGUCGGCUACGACGCGUCGGGCAAUGGGGGCCUGAUCGCUGCGGUUCUCGAGCCUCUGGGAGGAUUCGGAAAGUUCUGUCUUGUCAUUCUCGCCCUUUCCAUCGUGGCCAACAACUGCCCCAACAUUUACUCUGUCGCUCUAACGGCCCAGGUCUUGAGCCGCUACGCCCAGCGCGUUCCCCGUUUUAUCUGGGUAUUCCUGGGCUCCUGCGUUUCUGUUGCGAUUGCCAUCCCCGGAUACAGCCAUUUCGAGACUAUCUUGGAAAACUUUAUGAACUUCAUUGCCUACUGGCUUGCCAUUUACUCCGGAAUCUCCCUUGCAGACCAUUGCAUCUUCAAGCGCGGGUUCUCCAGCUAUUGCCCAGAAAACUAUGACAAUCCCCACAAGCUCCCUCUUGGCAUCGCCGCCUCUAUCGCAUUUGCCUUUGGUGUGGCUGGCAUGGUCACCGGAAUGAGUCAGACCUGUCAGAUCAGCACAUCUAGCACCAUGUCUCGACUAGGAAACCGCGCCGACUGGGCGGACGACGAAGAGUUCGACGACCCCUCCGCGCUCCCCGCACAACAAGUCAUCACAAACAAAGAUGGCACGAAGACAGUUAUCUCAUACCGCUUCAAUGACGACGGAAAGAAAGUGAAGGUCACCCGACGGAUCAAAACCACCGUUGUGCGCGAGCACGUCAACCCACAAGUCGCGGAGCGGAAGACCUGGGCCAAGUUUGGCCUUGAAAAGGGCAACCCGGUCGGUCCUUCCUUUGAUACCACCUCUGUUGGCGAGAAUAUUGUAUUCCGGCCUAGUGUGAACUGGAAGGCUCAGGCUGCGGAGGUGGAGAAGAAUGGCGGCGAGAAGGGCAGCAUGAAGGACCAGCUUAAGGAUAAGAAGGUCAAGUGUCGUAUUUGCAGUGGGGAGCACUUUACUGCCCGCUGUCCUUUCAAGGAUACUAUGACGCCUGUCGACGAGCCCACCGGUGGCUCUGCAGAGGAUGGUGGAGAGGAUUCCCCGGCUGGUGGCCUUGGUGCCGGUACUGCGAGCUACGUGCCUCCUCAUUUACGAAAGGGUGCUGCUGCCGGCGGCGAGCGCAUGGCUGGCAAGUACGAGAAGGACGACCUGGCGACUCUGAGAGUUACAAAUGUCAGCGAGCUAGCAGAGGAACAAGAACUCCGAGAUCUGUUCGAGCGUUUCGGCCGCGUCACCAGAGUUUUCCUGGCCAGAGACAGAGAAACCCAGAGAGCCAAGGGCUUUGCUUUCAUCAGCUUCGCAGACCGCAGCGAUGCUUCCCGUGCCUGCGACAAAAUGGACGGAUUCGGUUACCGCCACCUUAUUCUGCGCGUCGAAUUCGCCAAGAGGACUACGUAG